CUGCCACUGCUACCAGAUCAGCCGGGUUACCCUCCUUUUCUGGGGGAAUCAAAGUAGAUUUGCAGACAUGUACUUGUGCGUAUAAAAUAGCGAAGAUUUUUCUUUCGAUAUAAUUUGUAUAGAAAAAAAGUAUUCGGCCCGUUUGUAUUUCGCGCAAAUACAGAGUUGAUUUGUGAGAAAUCUGAGAAACACUAUUACAUGCAUUCAGCAUAACAGGAUUUGAACAAUUAGCACGAUUAGCACCAUCCAACGCGCCUCAAAGUUUUCCCAGGCAGAUAAUUUAGUUAUAGAAUGGCCGGGAAUUUUUGGCAGAGCUCGCAUCAUCAACAAUGGUUACUGGAUAAACAGGACUUAAUCAGAGAACGUCAACAUGAUUUAUCGGUACUAACGGAAGAGGAAUAUCAGAAAAUAUUUAUUUUCUUUUCUAGCAUGAUACAGAUGAUAGGUGAACAGUUAAAAUUGAGGCAACAAGUGGUAGCUACUGCGACAGUAUAUUUUAAAAGAUUUUAUGCUCGCAAUAGCUUAAAAUGUAUAGACCCUCUAUUAUUAGCUCCUACUACUGUCUUUCUGGCAUCGAAAGUAGAAGAGUUUGGAGUAAUUUCUAAUAGUAGACUGAUAUCAACAAUGGGAAAUGUAAUUAAGAACAAAUUUAGUUACGCAUAUUCGCAAGAAUUUCCAUAUCGCACAAAUCAUAUCUUGGAGUGUGAGUUUUAUCUUUUGGAACAUUUGGACUGUUGUUUAAUAGUAUAUCAACCAUACCGUCCCUUGUUAACAUUAAUUCAAGAUGUAGGACCAGAUGAUCAGCUACUUAUGCUUGCGUGGCGUAUUAUUAAUGAUAGUCUGAGAACAGACGUAUGUUUGUUAUAUCCACCUUAUCAAAUAGCUAUUGGCUGUUUACAAAUAGCUUGCGUGAUAUUACAAAAAGAUCUCAAAUCGUGGUUCGCAGAAUUAAAUGCAGAUAUGGAAAAAAUUCAAGAAAUAGCACGGUAUAUAAUAAAUUUAUAUGAAUUGUGGAAAAAAUAUGACGAGAAAAACGAGAUGCCAGCAAUAUUAGCUAAAAUGCCAAAACCAAAAGCAGCACCACAACGUUGACAGCAAGCUCUUGAUUCGCCGAAUGUUUGGGAUUCAUGCUAAUGCAGUGAAAUGCUUCAACUAAAAAUCUGUUCUUUUUCUCGAUAUGUACACACUAUCGGAAAUAUACAGUUGACAAUGAAUAUCAUUCUGCACUUAUAUCUGCAUAAAUGUUUUGAUAUGUAAAACUACGUUUUAAAAUAUGUCUAAAUGAUAAUAAUGCAGUAUCAUUUAAUAUUUCUGUAUUUGAUAUUCGAUAACGAAAAUGCUACAAUUAAAUAAUUAUAAUUUGAUUUAAUAUUCAUUAUCAGAUAAGUACA